AUAGCCAAUAUCCAGUCUGAGUACAUGAAAGUAAUUGAAGGGAAAGUGGACAUGCUUUUAGAACAAUGCAGGAGAAAAGAAAGUAAGUUGGAAAAUAAAGAAUUGGAAAUGAAAUUUGAAAAAAUGUGGAAAGAAACCUUUUCAGAAUUAUCGCCCAUUUGUUUACAGAAAUAUGAAAUUCAUGAAGAUAUAGAGUUCCAUCUGAGAAAAGACCUGGAUAACAGAGGGAGUUCUGUCAAUCAGAAGAUACAAAAAGCAGGAAGCUUGAUGAAUUAUAGAAUUAACUCUUUCACAAUGAGAAAUGAAUACUUAGACUUCUCAUUUACCUCAGCUGUGAAAUGUUGGCUUACAAAAAAACAGUCACAGAAAACAGAAAAACUUGCUCAAUCCUUGAUGGCCCAAUGUAAUAGUUACAUUGAAGAGAGAAUCUAUUCCAAGGCAGACUAUGAUGAAACCUAUUGCAGAGAAUUGUUGCAUUUGAUCAAUGAGAAACUUCAACAGGAGGAAGUGAAAAAACUGCAGACUUCUGUUUGCUUUGAAGUUGAUCUGAAGCUUCACAUUUUGGGGGAAGCCGCUCACGCAUUUCAGAAGAUGCAUGAAGAUUUUCUCAAGGAAAAUGAUCCUCAGCAACGGUUGGAGAAGCUGAAACCUCAAUAUUUCUCUAUAUUUAAAGACCACUACUUGGAAAAAGAUGCCCGACAAAAUAGAGCCAGGGAUUUAUGUGAUCAGUGUCUCAAACCUGCCUUAAUGAAUUAUGUUAGCAAAAGGCUCGGACUAGAAAUAGUGGAUGACAUUCUCAGCAGCGGACAGUCCAUUGAAUUUGCCAGUCGGAGCUUUUUCCAGUUCACUGUGCAGAAGAAGCUGUUAGAAGAUGGGAACUUCAACAACUUUGUGAAAUACAUUAUCAACUAUGAAAAGUUUGUCAAAGCUUGGAUAUGGAGGCACAUAUUAGAUUUCUACAGAGAGGCUGAGGAUUUGGAAGAUCUUGAGGAAGAAAUUCUAUCCACGAUAAUAAAGAAAGUCAAGGACGCUCUGGAGAAAGCCAAAGAUGAAAGUGUUACGACAGUCUCAGCCUUUCUAAACAACUUUUGUAAAGUGCUGCAGAAAGACCUAGUCAUUUCCAAGGAUACCUUGGUGGGGAUACAGUUUAAAAACACAGCAGAUCCAGAUCAAUUUUGUACUUUUAUUCAAACCUUCCUUCCUAAUCUGCAGCAACAAAUACUAGCCGAAUUGAAAGAUUUGGAAAUUAAAUCAAAGCUCUCCCAGCUGCCACUGAAGCCCCAGGAUGAAAUCUUCAAGCGAGUGUUUGGCUGUGGAAAGCAGUGUCCGUUCUGUAAAGUCCCCUGCGAAGCAGGAGGAGGGGAUCAUAAAGAGCACUUUGCAUCAGUACAUCGUCCUCACGGGCUAGGAAGAUACCAAAAUUUGGUAACAGACAAGCUUACCUAUUCUCUAUGUUCUUCUGAUGUGGUUUCCAACACUACAUUUAGAAAUUCAGACACAGAUUGGAAGGAUCAUCCUUUUAAAGAUUAUCGUCAAUAUUACCCGCACUGGCGCAUUCAGCCAGAUCCUAGCAUUACUGCUUCUGAUUACUGGAAAUUUGUUUUUAAGGAGUUCAAUCAACAGUUUGUUAAGGAGUAUGGUGCUAAACCAGCUGAUCUCCCAGCAGACUGGCAAAAAAUAACCAAAGAACAGGCUCUGGAGAGCCUAAAGGAAGCAUUUACUAUGAAAUAAACAUGCAGACAAUCUCCUUAAAUGGG